AAAAAGUGGAAAGCUUGUGGUUUUACACCCAUUUGAACAUGGUUGGGUGCACGCAUUAACAACGAGCCUUUUCCUUAAAGUCUGAGAUGACAAACACGAUAAGGAAUCCUCUUCAAAAUAUCCAUUAAUAUCCCAUAUUCAAAACCAUUGCAACUUCCCUUUUGACCUUCUUCUCUCUUUGUAUCUCUUCCCAUUGCAGGCCAUCGAAACAAAACCUCCCCUUUCUCCCUUCUGCUCUCUAGAGUUAGAUGGAUUCAGAUCGUCAUCGGAAAAUAGACUACCGGUAUAUUGCCGAUAAUUUCAGCUCAUUGGAUCAGGUUAUAUCUGCAUUGAGACAUGAAGGUCUUGAAUCAUCAAAUUUAAUUCUUGGUAUCGACUUUACAAAGAGUAAUGAGUGGACAGGCAGGUAUUCUUUCAGAAGAAAAAGUCUGCAUUCAGUUAGCAGUAUACCAAAUCCAUAUGAGCAAGCAAUUUCUAUUAUUGGUCACACAUUGUCUCCAUUUGAUGAUGAUGGCUUGAUACCUUGUUUCGGUUUUGGUGAUGCGUCAACAUGUGAUCAGCAUGUAUUCAGCUUUUAUCCAGAUCAUAGGCCAUGUAAAGGUUUCAAGGAAGCACUUUUUCGAUAUAGAGAAAUUCUGCCGUACCUGAAUUUAUCAGGUCCAACCUCGUUUGCUCCUGUUAUAGAUGCUGCAAUUGGCAUUGUUGAGAAAAGCAAUUGGCAGUAUCAUGUCCUUGUUAUUAUUGCAGAUGGACAGGUUACUAGAAAUCCUAAAACACCACCUGGUAAAUUAAGUUCUCAAGAGCAGGCAACCAUAAACUCCAUUGUUGCUGCAAGCUAUUAUCCUCUGUCGAUAAUUCUAAUUGGGGUGGGGGAUGGACCUUGGGAUGCUAUGCAUAAAUUUGAUGAUAACAUGCCUCAGCGUGCAUUUGAUAAUUUCCAGUUUGUAAACUUCACAAAGAUCAUGUCUGAGAGCGCAGAUGCGUCAAAGAAGGAAGCAGCAUUUGCCUUGGCCGCACUCAUGGAAAUUCCAUUCCAAUACAGAGCCACCCUCUCCUUGCCAAAUUCAAAGAGAGAAUCUAUAUAUGGAAAAAGUGCGGGGCCACUUCCUCCUCCUUCUGAAGUCAUCAAUCAUGACAAUGCAGUUGCAAUCCAAAAUUUGGAGCAUGCAAAAGCUGAAAAACAUAGUUCCUCAUCUGAAUCGGUCUGCCCCAUAUGCCUGACAAACCCAAAGGACAUGGCUUUUGCAUGUGGUCAUACAACCUGCAAGGAUUGUGGUGUAACUAUCUCAACGUGCCCAUUGUGUCGAGAACCUAUAAAGAUGCGCUUGAGACUAUAUGCCUAAGUUAAUAGAAACAACUUCCUCAUCGCCCCUUAAGGUAUCUUAUCAUUGAAGUUAGUUAAUUAACGGCUAUAUGAAUACAGUACCCCCGUCAUAAAAUAGCUUCCAAAAUCUGUAAAGUAUACUUGUACUGUACAGUUUGAUAACUGCCGAGGAAGGUGAACCAACAAAUAUGGGUUAAGAUACCAUCUCUCUUUCUCUUUCACAUCAAAUGGGUGUUUCGUUGAAAGAGGCAUGUUGUAAAUUUUCUCUUGUAUAAGGAGUUGCAUUGUAAAUUAAUGUUCAACACCGAGUAUGUGGCCGAGGAUAGGAUACUGUCUCAAAUGGAGGGAUCUGCAGUUGUGUUUAUGCAAUACCAGAGAGUUGUAAAAACGAAACAUAUUCGAGAUUAUUUUCCUUGUCAAAUUUAAUUUAUAAAAACUUGUUCAUCUA